GUCCUCGCCCGAGUUUGUUGUCGCGUGAGGUCGACGAGCAGGGAGCGGGAAAAGUCGCGCGCUGUUCCGGCUCCCCAAUGCCGUCGGCGACGAAUCAUCAGCCAGCAGCAGCUGGUCCGUCCUUUUUUCUCCUUCAUGCAUGCUCAUUUAUCGUGCGCGCCCGCGGGUGACAGGAAGAGAGAGUCGGACGGACGUUCCAUCUGACGACGCUGUCUGUCGCCUGAAUUCCCUCGUUGUCGCCGUCAUCGCCAUCGCCGUCGCUGUCGCAGGAAGCACUGCCGGCAGCGAGCACAGCUAUUGGGCCUGUAGGCAGCUCAGCGGAGCCCGUACGUCACUCGGUCACCCGGCGCAACUGUCGCAGCAUAAUUUCUUCCGCAUGCCAGUAUUCCCUUGCUCGGCUGUCGACGAACGGUCCAUCUUCAUCUAAGUCCUGGCCGGCUCGCGCGCACACAUCAUCACAACAAUCGAACGGGAGAGGCGAAGAGCAGAAAAAAGAAAAACGAAAGACAAGGAAAAGAAGAGCGCAGAUCCGAUGCUGGCUGCGACGUCCAGAGCCUGCCUGGGCGAGAGAUAGCAACUUUCCCCCCGUAACGAGCACAUCAUCACCUUCGCUCGCCCGACACCAACGGCCAUCGAACUGUCGCCGUCACAAUGAGCUUCCACUUCAACUGGUCGCCGCUCAUCGCGGAUACCUCGCGCGCAAAGGAGAUGCUCACUGCCGCGCUGAACAAGUCGCCGAAGCCGCCCAUCAUCGUCGACGACAUCAUUGUUUCCGAACUCAACUUGGGCGAGACACCUCCCGACCUGGAAAUCCUCGAGAUUGGCGAUUUGGCAGAAGACCGGUUCAGGGGCAUCUUCAAGAUGUCUUACGCGGGCGACGCGUUCCUGACGCUGCGCACUCGCGUGCAAGCCAAUCCGCUAAACACAUACUUGAGCACAAAGCCAGAAUGGACGAGCCCCGGCCCGCUGGCUGCAGCAAGCGGGCUGACGAUUCCGCUGGCCAUCACGCUGUCGGACAUCAGGCUGUCCGGCUUCGUCAUCCUCGUGUUCAGCAAGCGCAAGGGCAUGACCCUUGUUUUUCGCAACGAUCCGCUAGAGUCGCUCAAAGUCAGCUCGACCUUCGACAGCAUACCCUUUGUGAGAGACUACUUGCAGAGGGAGAUUGAAAAGCAGCUACGGAAUCUGUUCAUGGAGGAUCUCCCGGCAAUUUUGCACCGGCUGAGCCUGAGGCUAUGGUCUCCAGAGUACAAGGAGCUAGAUGAUCGGAUGAUGGAGAAGCAGAAGGAGGAUGCCGAUACAGCGCCUAUAGAUCCCCUUUCCAGUCCUCCACAAGACCCAUCUGCAGAAGUAUGGAGCGAUGGAGCCGUGCCGUCCUUUUCGCUCGAUCUAGACAACUACAACGCGUCCUUCUCGCAGAAGAAUCUUCUCAGGCUGGCGGCAUUGAGCGACUCUCACCGAACGUUGUCGCUGUUCACGCCAACGAUUCACGAUGCAGUGUUCCGCGCUUGGGCUGGCGCCAGUGAGCGUAGCAAUUCAGGUUUACAAUCGCCACGCCACCGUCAUGCUCAUCAUCACACCACCAUAGCCAAUUUGUCAAGAGCAGGAUCGUACAUUGGCAGUGCAACAAGCACCUCGAGUGUGCUUAGCGAUGGCGCUAGCGACACCUUGAGCAGAGCAAGCACGUCCUAUACCUUCUAUGGCACCUCAAGCCGCUACCACAGCGGCCGACCGCGCAAGGCAAAGAAACGCGUCAUCAACCUUCGGAAAACGAAGGCCGCAGAUGUUGCUACCAAAGCGUCAGAUGUGCUUACAGAUUCCUCGACUCCGGAACCGAGCAUCGCACCCUCUUCUGCACCAAGCGUCAUUUACGAGGAGAGAGUAGACGAUGCCCUACAGUCGCCACCUCAAACGCCGUUGCUCAGGCAGCGAAGACAUCGCGCAUCGAGCUUGGAUGAGACACCGAGAGCGUCCAUGAUGCUGACCGCUACGCCUGCUCCUGCUGCUCCCCGCUCGCCGAAGAAACAAGACUCGGAACGUGCUACUGAGAGGCAUGAGGCGCCUCCUGCAUACACGCCACCUGAGGACCCAAGUGCCUUCAUGUCAACGCAUGCACAGGAGGGCAAGAAAAAGGGCAAGCAAACACGACCCACACUUAAGACUUCUGCCACAGACUUCGCACCAACCACCAGAGCCCUGCCGCUGAGCUCCGAACUCCUUCGCACGCUGUCCAGCGAAAGACUUGCCUUUGGCCACAACGGGCCAAGCAGUAGCCAUAGUAGCUUUGGCAGCCUCGCAGCCCCAUUCAGCCCCCCUAGCGAGGCGAGCAGCAGCACUGGAGGCGGCAUCCUGGAGCAGGCCUGGCUGAACAAGAUUGCGAGGGACAUCGCACGCAAGGUUGAAGAGGAGCGGCGAAGGGCAGAGGGCGUGGAUGAAGAAGAGCAGUCACGUCAUCACGGAAAUGGCUCUGAAAAGCUAGGGCAGAGGCCCCAAGAUGACAACGACGUCGUCGCACCACCUCCCGCUUAUGCUGCUUGAUUGUGAAAAAAAAGUUUUUGUGUUACUAUGAACGAUUGAUAGCGUUCCGUAAGCUUUUUUUUUUGCUGUUCCUUGUUGUAUGAUGACGAGAUGACCGGGGAAAUGAGAGGCCAGUGAAGGAAAAAAAAAAUAGUAUUGAGAUGGACUACGGGGCUUGGAGUUCUGUCUGCAUAACGUAUAUAUUGUGUUUUUCUUUGGAUGGGUAGAUUGCUCCUGGCCGAAAAAAUGGUUGCCAGAUGUGUAUAUAUUAUGUAUUUUGUGAGGCGCAGAGGCGCUUAGAGUGUGCAGUAAUCUUACUCCUACUUGGAAAA